AUAAAAUCAUACUGUCAUGACGCCGAACAAAAUGCCUAUAUGAAACUCUAUUACAAGACGUCGGACAUAGGAGUUGUAGAAGGGGUGUGUGGAUCUCCUCCCGGUGACAGGACUGUUCUCGGCCGUCAUGCCACCUAAUCUGACCGCUACCAACCAGACCAUCCAAGAGCUGCGCACUGACCACAAUUUUCCAGCUCUGAUCAGCGGGAUACUGCUGAUAAUCCUUAUAAUUUGUGGCAAUUUACUAGUAUGCAUUAGUGUAUACACAGAAAAAGCUUUAAAAACAACUACAAACUACUUCAUUGUCAGUUUGGCAGUUGCCGAUUUGCUAUUGGCGGUACUGGUUUUGCCAUUGUAUGUAUACGCUGAGUUCCUCGGUGGUGUGUGGACCCUGAGCAUGAUCUUCUGCGAUGGUCUGAUGACCAUGGAUGUGAUGUUAUGCACAGCUUCAAUAUUCAACUUGUGUGCAAUCAGCAUUGACAGGUUUAUUGCUGUGUCUGUUCCUCUGAACUACAACCGGAAGCAUAUAGACCAAAGACAAGGUAUCCUUCUCGCCGCCACCUGGACACUAGCCUUUGCGGUGGCAUCUCCCAUCCUUUUCGGGAUAAACAACGUCCCUCAGAGGGAUCCCUCCGAGUGCAAGCUGGAAGAUGAUAAUUACGUGGUGUACUCCUCCGUGUGCUCCUUCUUCAUCCCGUGCCCCAUUAUGCUGCUGCUCUAUUGCGGAAUGUUCCGGGGCCUGCGACGGUGGGAGGAGACCCGCAAGGCUAAGCUACGCAGCAAUGUCCAUAUGUGCCCCAAGCUGCAGCAGGCCGCCCCGUUGGCCUCACUUCCUGCUCCCAUGGAGAAGCUGGAGAAACUGGACCACUGUCCCCCUCCAGACUGUCCCGUCCCCUCAGAGUACAGGGAGAGUCCUGUCCACACAGUGGCCUACCAGGGUAUAAUGUACGGGGCGUCUUCUAGACAGAGGAGAGCCAAGAUUAAUGGCAGGGAACGCAAGGCCAUGAAGGUUCUUCCCGUCGUUGUGGGUGUAUUCCUCUUCUGUUGGACUCCAUUUUUCGUGGUGCACAUCAUGCGUGUCCUCUGUGAGUCCUGUUACAUCUCGCCCUAUCUGAUGAGCACCGUCACCUGGUUGGGCUACGUCAAUAGUGCCCUCAACCCUAUCAUCUACACUGUGUUCAAUACCGAGUUCAGAAAUUUCUUCCACAGAUUUCUGCACAGUUGUUGCUAACCGCUGUAUUGAAAUCAUCUUGCAUGACAAAAUGGCCAUAACCAUGGUUGCUUAUGGAUACAUGUGCAUCCAUCAUGUCAGUAAUCUUUAUGAAUUUAAUUAAUUUUGUUUGUUCAGUUUAAUUUACGUAAUUUACCUGCAA